AAGAGAAAGAGGAAGAAGACGAUGUCGGAGGAUCCAAUCUUCAGCUUCUGCGACGCAUUGGCAUCGUUCUGCAACCACCUCCAAUCCACUUCCGAUGCCCUCACUAAAUCCAUCGAGCGUCGACCUAUUCCUCUCGAUUCUGCGUCGUCUACCUUCGUGCAAUGCCUUAAUCGCCGCGUAUCGAGCGCAAGCACUGACCUCGACCUGCUCGAUUCCAUGUCGUUCGGCACCGUAUCUUUCGAAGAACUCCUAGGUCACUGCAACGAAUUGUACAAGAAGAACCAGACCGAUCUGGUUGAACUCGAAGAUCGUCUAAAGAGCUACGGCUACGUUCCCGUUCCAGAUGUUGAGGAGGAAGAUGAAAUUCAGAACAUACAACAUCAAAUCUCGGAAGGCAAAUUGGAUAGUCCUUCUUUCUAUGGUUCAGUGGCCGAUUCUAGCCUCAAGAAUUUCGAAGAAGAUGAUUUACUUGAUGAAUCUUUGAGUUUAAAAAAGCUUGGGCUGUCGGAUGCAUGUCUAGCCACGUUGGCAUCUGAAGGUGAUUUAUCUUCGCAAGAACCUGAUAAAGUACAUGAGUUUAAGCGGCAACAUCAACCUGUUCCAGACAAAAUGGUGUCUUCUGAAGGAAGGAAAUUCUUAUCUUAUGAGGCAGACAAGGAAAAUUUAAAGUCAGCAGAAGCUCCUAGCUCCAUUUUAAAGAUAUUGGAGGGUGAAUUUGAAUGUCUUCCUGCCUACAUGAAGGGUCUAGCAUCGUGGGAGGAUCUACUUAUAGCUGUUGAUAAGAUUAAUUCAACCCUAAGCAAGAAGACCAAUGGAUGCAACUUCUUCCGUCAAGAUGAAAUUCCUUCAUUCGAAUUAGGUCCUAAAGCAAAAUCAUAUUUGCUGCUUUUAGUGCGGAUGAACCGGUUGGUUGUUGAGACGAUUGAUGGUUUACUCUCGUACAGAGUACUGUAG